AAAAGAAGGGAGGCUUUUCUAAAUCCUUUACGAGAAAACUCGGGCCGUUUUCCCAUGCUGUCUGUACUCUGCUUCAUAAUGCGAUUGUGACCUGAGUGGAAUUUGUGAGCGAUGAACUAUUGAAACUUGUUGCACCACUGCAUCAGACUACGGUUUUUUGUUUUUCUUUUUUUUUUUUUCCCUCAGCACAUGAUUCCCCUGUCCCAGCUAUUGCAGGACCUAUGGGCCAGUAAUAGAGGGAUGGGAAGCUGAGACAGUUUGUUUUCACAUUCUUCUGUUCUGGUUAGCUGAAGCUGCUGCUGCUUUUUACUGGAUCUGCUUGUUUCUCGGCAGAUUUAUUUGUUUUCACGUGCACGGGGCUGUUUCAUUUAAAUAGACAUUGAACUAGAACUGAAUGGAUGCCUUGCAAUCUGAAAGGUUCUUGGGGAUAACAGAAAGCUACUAAAAACCGAAGAACUGGUACUACAGGAAACCUGGGGCCUAUUUUCCAAGCUUUUUUGUUUUCUUGAGCAAGAUGAUGUGUGAGGUGAUGCCAACCAUCAGCGAGGCAGAGAUUCCCUCGGGGGGAAAUGGAGGCCAUGGCUCAGGUUCCCCGUUGCAGUCAGAUGCUGAUUCCCAUUUUGAGCAGUUGAUGGUGUCCAUGCUGGAAGAAAGGGAUCGCCUUCUGGAGACGCUCAGAGAGACUCAGGAGACGCUAGCGCUGACCCAGGGCAAGCUGCACGAAGUUGGGCAUGAGAGGGAUUCCUUGCAGAGGCAGCUCAACACUGCACUGCCACAGGAAUUUGCAGCACUCACAAAAGAGCUGAAUGUAUGCAGGGAGCAGCUGCUUGAAAGGGAAGAAGAAAUCGCUGAACUGAAAGCAGAAAGAAAUAAUACAAGGCUAUUACUGGAACAUUUGGAGUGUCUUGUCUCCAGGCAUGAGCGAUCCCUCAGAAUGACUGUUGUAAAGAGACAGGCUCAGUCUCCAGCAGGAGUUUCUAGUGAAGUAGAAGUUCUCAAAGCACUAAAAUCUUUAUUUGAGCACCAUAAAGCCCUUGAUGAAAAGGUAAGGGAGAGGUUACGAGUAGCACUUGAAAGAUGUAGCUUGUUGGAAGAAGAACUAGGUACUACACAUAAAGAGCUAAUGAUUCUGAAAGAGCAAAAUAAUCAGAAGAAAACACUUCCAGAUGGGAUGCUGGAUAUAAAUCAUGAGCAAGAAAAUACCCCAACUACAAACGGGAAGCGAUCCUCUGAUGGGUCUUUAUGCCACGAUGAAAACCUUACUAAAGUGAUUGAACUCCAAGACAUCAUAGAUAAGCAAAACAAAGAGCAGACACAAAUGAAAGAGCGUCUCACGGCUCUGUCUAGCAGAGUAACAGAGCUGGAAGAAGAUCUUGACACAGCUAGGAAAGAUUUAAUAAAAUCUGAAGAAAUGAAUACAAAGUUACAGAGAGAUGUACGAGAGACUUUGGCCCAAAAGGAAGACAUGGAAGAGAGAAUUACAACUCUUGAAAAACGCUACCUCGCUGCACAACGUGAAGCUACAUCUGUGCAUGACCUCAAUGAUAAACUUGAAAAUGAAAUUGCCACUAAAGACUCCAUGCAUCGACAGAGUGAAGAUAAGAAUAGGCAGUUGCAAGAACGACUGGAACUAGCUGAGCAAAAGCUGCAGCAGACACUGAGAAAAGCUGAAACUUUGCCAGAGGUGGAAGCUGAGCUGGCACAGAGAGUUGCAGCACUUUCAAAGUCUGACCUUUUGUCUACUGGGAGCUCUGCUGCUAAAGAUGCUAAAGUAUUGGAACUUGCCACCAAGCUUAGGAAGGCUGAGGAGAGACAUGGCAAUAUAGAGGAGCGGCUGAGACAGAUGGAAGCACAGCUAGAAGAAAAGAAUCAAGAACUGCAAAGGGCUAGACAGAGAGAGAAGAUGAAUGAAGAGCAUAAUAAACGUUUGUCCGAAACUGUUGAUAAGCUUCUGUCUGAAUCUAAUGAAAGGCUCCAGCUUCAUCUCAAGGAAAGGAUGGCUGCCUUGGAAGAUAAGAAUUCACUUCUUCGGGAAAUUGAACAUGCAAAGAAACAAAUAGAGGAACUUCAGCAAGAAAAGGAUCAACUUGUAUUGAAUGUUGAAGCAUUAAGGGCUGAGAACGACCAAGUGAGACUCAGAACCACAUCACUUCAUCAUAGGUACCAGCACUUAUCUAGCCGACCAGAUUUCAGAUACCCUGUGACAUCUGCAUCUGUGGUUGACAGUCACACAGACUCCUAUGGCACCUCAUCAGUGUUAAGGCGUCCUCAGAAAGGACGUUUGGCAGCUCUCAGAGAUGAACCUUCAAAGGUUCAGACUCUGAAUGAGCAGGACUGGGAGAGAGCCCAGCAAGCAAGUGUAUUGGCAAAUGUGGCACAAGCAUUUGAAAGUGAUGUUGAUGUGUCUGACGUUGAGGAUGACAGGGAGACUAUAUUCAGUUCAGUUGAUCUGCUGUCACCAAGUGGCCAGGCCGAUGCUCAGACUUUGGCCAUGAUGCUUCAGGAACAGUUGGAUGCUAUCAACAAAGAGAUUAGACUCAUACAAGAAGAGAAGGAGAACACCGAGCAGCGUGCGGAGGAGAUCGAGAGCAGAGUGGGGAGUGGGAGCCUGGAGGCCCACGGCCGGUUCCGCUCC